UAAUAUUAAUUAGUCAUUGUCAAUUGUUCACUUGUCCUGUUCUCAUUGAAGAUGAUGACAGUUCUUCUAAAAGACGUGGAAAACUUCAUUCUGAUCACAAAAACAAAGCAAACAAACAAACUGUAUUUAUUUAUUCAGUUAUAUUUUGCUGAAAAUGAAAACACUACAUUAUUUGAUGCCACAGUGUGCAUGAUAAGAAUGUAUAAACAUUUUUUUUAAAUACAAAUAUAAGCACAGCAACUUCAUUCCUGGUUGUUGACCAUGUGUGAACAUGUCCAAACCCAUGAUGGAUUUCAGCAGACGGAGCAAUAUGCAAAUUACAAUGCUCAAAUCAGGUGUCAUGGUUUUGCAUCUGUUUUUCCCAGAGAAAAUCUAUUUUGUUGUCUAACCCAUUCCUCUCAGCCACACCCUAUAAUAACCGUUCUACAUUUUUGGGGGGUGGGAUUUCAAACUUGUAUAAGAAAGUGUGAAUAUAAGAUGCUGCACAUAUCACAUUUGGCAAUUCCAAGGUGCUUGUCUUGCAAGGAAGAAUCAGUUGCUUGCCACCGUGCACAGAAUCUGUCUGAAGACUUCUUCAUCAUCAUCAUGGCUAAAUCUGAAACUUGUCUCAUCAACUUGCGUUACCAGGAUGGCAGCGAGGGAAGCCCCUCCAACCCUGCCAAGUUCAGAAAUCAAGACUUUGCCCAGAUAAAAGCUGACUGCCUCCGCAAAGGAGAACUGUUUGUGGACAAUGCGUUCCCACCUAACAGUAAUUCUUUGGGUGACGUGCCUGGUUUGAGUGAAGUGAAAUGGCUUCGACCUGCAGAUUUACUGAGAGAACAAGGAAACAAUGAUAAGCCUGCUUACUGUACAGAUGGUAUGUCACGAUUUGACUUUGCACAAGGCUCAUUGGGUAACUGCUGGUUUUUGUCUGCAAUGUCUGCACUGACCUUCCAAAAAAACCUGAUGGAACAAGUUGUGCCAAUGGACCAGUCCUUUGAGGAUUAUGCAGGAAUAUUUCACUUCAGGUUCUGGAGGUUUGGAAAGUGGGUAGAUGUUGUCAUUGAUGAUUAUCUGCCAACGAUCAACAAACAGUUUCUGUCUGUGUCCUCAAAAUGUCAAAAUGAGUUCUGGGCUCCUCUGCUGGAGAAGGCAUAUGCCAAAGUUUGCGGUUCAUACGCAGACAUGCAUGGUGGGUCAUCAUCGGAUGCCUUCAAAGAUUUCACUGGAGGUUUGUACCACUGUCACGAUUUCAAGAAACCCAAUGCACCGAGCCAUGAUGAGCUUUGGCUGACACUAAGCAGAGCCACUGAGUGCAAAUCAUUGAUUUGCUCUAUGACUGGGGAAGAGGCAGAUAAAUUGGCCAACACUGGACUGGCAGAUGGGCAUGGCUAUUCUGUCACAGGCAUCACUGAGGUGAAGUUAAACGACUCCAAAGUAAGACUGGUGCGAGUCAUGAAUCCAUGGGGCGCAGGGGAGUGGAACGGAAAAUGGAGCGACAAGUCAGAUAUGUGGGACAAAGUAGAGCCAGAAGUUCGAAAAAUGUGUUUCGACCGUGACGAUGGGGAGUUCUGGAUGGAGUUUGAAGACUUCUGUUCCCAUUUUCGGGAGGUAACCAUCUGCUCUGAGACCCCUAACUUUCUUGAUGGUGACUUUAAAUGUCAGUGGAAAUGCAUGAUUUAUGACGGCAGCUGGGUAGCAGGGAUCUCUGCAGGUGGCAAGUGGGAUGAACCCACCUUUGCAACAAACCCUCAGUAUCGCAUCCAGGUGAGCGUUAUUGACAAGGAGGAGCCAGAAGACAAAAAUGUCUUGGUCUCCCUGAUGCAGAAACCUCUUCAGGAGCAUCGCAGACAGAUGAAAAUCGAAGAGGUUGUAGUUCUCAUCUAUAAGGUACCACCAGGGACCCCACAAGGACGCCUGGGAUCUGAGUUCUUUAACACCAAUAGUACUGUAAAGCGACCAACCCGUUAUCAAGGUUUCAUAGAGGUGAUUCAACUCCACAGUCUGGAACCUGGAGAGUAUGUGAUCGUCCCGUUCACGUAUGAACCCAACAUCACUGCAGACUUUGUUCUUACUGUCUACACCAAAGCUGAUGCCAAGAUCAGGCCCUGUCAAGGAGGGGAAGAUGAAAAAGAUGACCAUCUUUCUGAGAUCCGAGACAAAGACAAUGAGAAAGCUACUGAUGAGGAUCCAAACUAUGCCUUAUUUAAAGUCUAUGCUGAUCAGAAUGAUGAGCUGCUUGCUGUACAACUCCAGAAGCUCCUGAAUGACAGAUUCCCUCAUGGGAGUGGCCACAGGGGCUUUAGUCUGGAUGCCUGCAGGAGUAUGAUUGCCUUGGUGGAUCUCGAUCAAAGGAUGACGAUGACCUUUACUGAAUUCUCAAUUCUCUGGAAGAAGAUUCAAGAAUACAAAAAUCUCUUUCAUCGCUCUGAUGUGAAUGAAAAUGGAUCCCUGUCUGAUGAUGAGCUCCAGAAUGCGAUUAAAGCUGCAGGAAUGGAUGUGAAUGAUGCCAGUGUGGGGCUGAUGAUGUCUCGAUAUUCAGGCUUCUCCACCACCUCUUUGGAGGAGUUCAUCACUCUCAUGUUGCGCCUGGAUAAGAUGUCAGACAUUUUCAAGGGCAAAUCAUCUGAUGGUGUGAUCCACCUGAACUGGGAUGAGUGGUCUCUCAUCUCCAUGUAUAACUAGACCAGACCAAAUCAGGAGAACUGAGAAGAUUCCUGCAAUCAUACUUGCUUUUACGUCUUAAUGCACCAGCUUUUACAGGGGUGGCCAGGCUGAGAUUAUUUUUUUUCCUUUUGCUUUUUCUUUCUUUCAAACCAAACCACUGUAGGCCAAAAAUGUGAUCUUUUUUGUCCAUUUCCUUUCAUAAUUUUCAUAAUACAAAACGUUAUCAUUAUUCAAGUUACCAGCAAUGGCUAGCAAAAGUUCCAUUUAUAAACUAUUAGGGUGCCAUGGUCAGAUAGGUAUACCUGCUAAUUAGUGCUUAGUAACUUUAUAACAUACUAGAACUAGGUUUUAGAGCCAGCUUAAGGGGUGCAGUUUGGGGGGGGGGGGUUCAGGGGGGAUUACUUGGGGAAUCCCCAAAGUAUUUAGACCAAAAAAUGUAAACCAUUUUCUUUAUUUUUCCUUUUUUGUUUAAUAUUGUUGUGACACAAAUGAGCAAACUGAUUAUUUGACAGUUAACUUUCCUUCAUUCUAUUACUAAGAGGAUGGAUGAAGUUAGGAUCAGACAGUUAGUGAUCUAACUUCCUCAACAGUGAUCAAUACCUGUGUUUGAGCCAAUUAUACAUUAAAAAAAAAUGCCCAUGUUAAGUAAAACAUAUUGUGAAAUAGGCAUAAGAGUGACUCAGCAGCAUUAAUGGUGAAAGCAAAUAAAUAUGUUCAACUGUUCAAUUCUCUAUAUCUCCAACUUUCCUUUGCAAUGAUUAUAUAGCAAUAAAAAUUGAUACCCUCUGAAUUCUCUUUUGUACUUAUUUCAGUAUGGAAUUAAGACUGACCAGGAGGAGCAGUAGAAACUGUGAAUCAGACCUUAUUUUAUUAGUCCAUCACUGAAUACACCAGAAAAAUAAAAAGUGAAUGAACACAUCACCAGUUCAGAAGUCAAAUCUGCAGUUUAGCAGCUGAGAUAAAACAAUUUACACUCAUUCAUUUAGGACAGGAUACAAGAGGCUCUCUAGAAAAAACCCCUCAUAUUUUACAGCUCAACAUUUUUAUUUUUACAAAGAUAAAACACAAAUCUGCAUUUCUUUGCCAGGGACUGUGAAAUAUUUGCACACUUUCAGUCUGUUCAUUGUAUGGUGGUUACAGGAAAAGGUUGGUAAUGUUCUAUAAUCAUAUUAAUGUUCCAUGAAAAGGCUAUAACCAACAAUAUACUUACCCUACUAACAAGUACUGUCAUCUUACUCAGUUUGAGCUUUACAGUUGUUCAGAAACAUUAUGAAGUCCAUUAUGAAAUCCACACUGCUGCAGUGGGAGGAUGUUCUUUAAAAUGAACACAAACAUUGCAGUUUAUCUCAUCCUGUUCUAGUUUUAAAGCCCCACUAGUCCACCAUGUACGCAUUAAUCCACAGUGAAAAAUAGUCCUUAAAAAUACAUUUUCCCAAUUUACUCCAGUUUGAGGAUUUUCCCCCUAAACAUUUAAAUAAGGCUCUUACAUACAGCUUCAUGUUAAGAUGUUAAAAUGUUUAUUUUUCAGUAGGAACCACCCUACAGGUUCAGUUAGCACUAA